AGGCAGUGAGGAGAGAAGGAGUUGCCCAGGCGCAACCCCCUCACUUUAUCUCCUUGCCGGGCCCCACUGGCCAAUUGCGCUCUUACCCAUGUGGAAAAACAUUGGACCCCCUGUCCCCUCAGAGACUCCUCCUCUCUCUCUCUUCUCUCUCUCUCUCUCUCUUCACUUGCUCUCCACCAUGUUCUAACUAGUAACUUCUGUUCUUCUCAGUAUAUUUUAUUUUUUGUUCCAUUAUUAGGGUUUGUUUGUUGGAUUCACUUUUCCUUUUUAUUCAAAUGUUUUUUAAUCCCCCUCAGUGCCUCUGCAACUUUAUCUCUUUGUAAUUACUCACAUAUUCACGACCUUUUUCGAGUUUUUCCUCUUAGCCAAUUUUUAUGGUCUCUCCGUCUCUCUUCCAUCUUUUCGCACCGCCAUGGAGGUUUCCCUUCUCCUUCUCUCUCUCCUCCUCCUACUCAUCCCCUCCUCUGCUCAAAUGCCUGCAGGAUUUGUGAGUUUGGAUUGUGGAGGUGAAGAAAAUUUCACUGAUGAUCUGGGUCUGGAAUGGACUCCUGAUCAGCUCAAUUACGGCGAAACGGCCUUUAUAGCUGUUUCAAAUGAAUCGAGGAAGCAAUACUCGACGGUGAGGUAUUUUCCGGCGGAUCCGAGAAAAUAUUGUUACACAUUGAAUGUCACAAGUAGGACUAGGUACCUUCUAAGAGCGACAUUCUUGUAUGGUAACUUUGACACCAAUAAUGCUUAUCCCAAAUUUGACAUUUCUGUUGGGGCAACGCAUUGGUCUUCGAUUGUAAUUUCGGAUGCCAAUACGAUAGAGAUGCGAGAGCUUAUAUUUCUGGCUAUGAGUCCGACUGUAAGUGUGUGUUUGUCCAAUGCUACGACCGGACAGCCUUUUAUAUCGACUCUUGAGCUUCGACAAUUCAAUGGUUCUAUGUACUAUACUGAUUUUGAACAACAGUUCUAUCUCAGUGUCUCUGCUAGGAUUAAUUUCGGUGCGGAUGAUGAAGCGCCAGUCAGGUAUCCUGAUGACCCCUUCGAUAGAAUGUGGUUAUCAGACUCUGUCAAGAAAGCAAAUUACCUCGUUGACAUUGCUGCUGGAACCAAAAAAGUGUCAACCAAGUUGUCAAUUAACAUUAAUAGCGAUGAAAGGCCGCCCGAGAAGGUUAUGCAGACAGCUGUAGUUGGCACAAAUGGAACACUGACUUACCGCCUGAACCUGGAUGGUUUUCCUGGUUUUGGAUGGGCAUUUACCUACUUCGCAGAAAUUGAAGAUUUAGCUGAAGAUGAGUCUAGAAAGUUUAGGCUAGUACUUCCGGGAUAUACUGAACUCAGCAAAGCUGUUGUUAAUAUUGAGGAAAAUGCUCAAGGAAAAUAUCGUCUCUAUGAACCAGGGUAUACAAACUUAUCCUUUCCGUUUGUAUUAUCGUUCAAAUUUGGCAAAACAUCUGAUUCUUCCAGGGGGCCGCUCUUGAAUGCAAUGGAGAUAAAUAAAUAUCUGGAAAUAAAUGAUGGUUCUCAAGAUGGAGCUAUUAUUUCCAGUUUUGUUUCACACUACUCAUCGGCAGAUUGGACUUCAGAAGGCGGUGAUCCAUGCCUCCCAGUUCCAUGGUCUUGGGUUGAGUGUAACUCAAAUCCACAACCAAGAAUAGUUAAAAUAAAAUUGUCUAGUAAGAAUAUUACCGGGAAUAUCCCUUUAGACUUGACAAAGUUGAGCGGUUUAGAAGAGUUAUGGCUUGACGGGAACUCACUGACUGGUACAAUACCUGAUUUCACUGGAUGUGUGGACCUGAAGAUUAUUCAUCUUGAGAACAAUCAGUUGACGGGAGGACUCUCCUCUUUCCCGAACCUACCAAGUUUGAAGGAACUGUAUGUUCAAAAUAAUAUGUUAAGCGGAACAGUGCCAUCGGGUCUUCUCGAUAAAGUGGUUAAUAUGAACUACACUGGAAAUGUUAAUCUUCGGAAAGGGAAAACAAGUGGGAGCCGCACAAACAUUAUUAUUGGUACGUCAGUUGGGGCUGCUGUCUUGGUCAUAGCUACUAUUGUAUCUGGCGUACUUCUACGGAAAGGAAGGAAGAAAUGUUACGAGCAUGACCAACUUGGGCAUCCACCUGCGCAAGGAAUACAUUUUUCUAAGAGUGAUGCUCCUAAUGAAUCUGCACACUGCUUCUCUUAUGCCGAAAUUGAAGAGGCCACUAGAAAGUUUGAGAAGAAAAUAGGUUCCGGAGGUUUUGGAGUUGUUUACUACGGUAAAAUGAAGGAUGAAAAGGAAAUUGCUGUCAAAGUUCUAACCAGCAAUUCCUUCCAGGGAAAGCGAGAAUUUUCAAAUGAGGUAACUCUUCUUUCGAGGAUACAUCAUAGAAACCUGGUACAGUUUCUUGGGUAUUGCCAAGAGGAUGGAAGAAGUAUGCUGAUUUACGAGUUUAUGCAUAAUGGAACUCUCAAGGAACAUCUUUAUGGCCCAUUAACACGCGAACAGAGUAUCAAUUGGAUCAAACGCCUUGAGAUUGCUGAAGAUGCUGCAAAAGGAAUCGAAUACCUUCACACAGGCUGUGUUCCAGCCAUCAUUCAUAGAGAUUUAAAAAGCAGCAACAUUUUAAUUGACAAACACAUGAGAGCAAAGGUUUCAGAUUUUGGUCUUUCCAAACUUGCAGUAGAUGGGGCAUCCCAUGUGUCAAGCAUAGUUCGGGGCACUGUAGGGUAUCUGGAUCCCGAGUAUUACAUCUCCCAGCAGUUGACAGACAAGAGUGACGUUUACAGUUUCGGUGUCAUUCUGCUUGAGCUGAUAUCAGGUCAAGAAGCGAUAUCUAAUGAAAACUUUGGUGUUAACUGCCGUAACAUAGUGCAAUGGGCAAAAUUACACAUUGAGAGUGGUGACAUUCAAGGAAUAAUCGACCCCUCACUGGAUGGUGAAUACGACAUCCAGUCAAUGUGGAAGAUAGCAGAAAAAGCCUUAAUGUGUGUUCAAGCACACGGAUUCAUGAGGCCUUCCAUGUCAGAAGUUCUCAAAGAAAUCCAAGAUGCAAUCUCAAUGGAAAGGGAUGCCGGAGCAGUAAGAGAAGGUAACUCAGAUAUAUCGAGGAAUUCAAUCCAUUCAAUUCAUUCUUCCUUGAACACGGGUUCCCUGGACCUUGGCAGAAAUGAUAAUUUCUUGUCGAUCGAUGAGUCUAUCACACGGCCAACUGCUCGAUAGUAAUUCGGUUGGCUUACAUGACGUAUAAAUAUUUUUCUUCGACUAUCGUAAUCUUUGGUUGUACAUCGAGUUUGCAUUAGUAUGACUCUUACUCUUAGCCAUGUCGGUAAGUGUAGGAAGGAGAAAGGGAUCAAAAUAGCUACGAUUUUAGGUUGCAUGUUUUGAUGGUGCAAAAUUAUUAGCAUAAUGGAAUGCUGUAUUGAAUUUU